UGCCCUGCUCACUGACCGUCAAUCAUCCCGUCUUCUCGCGGCGGCUUCCAUGGCGACGAGCUGCCUUUAACAUCUUAGCUCUUACCGGAGAGCUAACGGAGGUAUUUAAGAAUGGGGUGAUGCGGCGCCGUAACUCUUUUGGACUUAGCUACGCAGCGCCUUAGCAUGCUAGGCUAACGGAGAGUCGCAUUCACUUUGACCGGUUAAAGGGGUGGUCGUGCUAACGACGGCUAGCAUUCACCUGCGGGCUUAACGGGAUGGAACGUGUGAAGGAAUACGAGUGCGGGGCCCUUUCAACUUCGCAAACACCUCAGUGGACGCCAGAGCCCGCUCAUGACGGCGUUCCGGCGAAAUCCAGUGGAUUGACGGUGAUAUCCGGAGGGAAGCGACCAUCCGCCGGGGAAGAUGACGGCGCCGAGGCGAAACUCUUAGGGAAGGGAAUCGCGGCCACCUCCCUUCUCCAGAUCGCGAUCAGGAAUGGGAUCUACCAGAACCAAGUUGCCAACGCGAUUGGCGGUGCGGUCAAAAAUAUCAACAUGCCGACCGUGAAGCCCGGCAACGGCGGCGCUUCCGCCAACUCCUUGCUGAGCAAGAAGCGCCAGCGGCACAAGCGGAAUCUGUCCCUGGGUUCCCCGCCGACCGGCUGCUCUCCCGGGGCGUCUCCCGCCGAGUCGGGCACUCCUGCUCCGUCGGCGUCGCCGCUCAGCACCCUCAGUCUGGAUAGGAAAACCUUCCUCAGGCAGAAGCAGUCGAAGCAACUUCUAGCCUCCGACAAGGGAUGGGUGCGAUCGGAUCCUAAACGGGGCUGUAUUCACGUCCACGACUGGCUGACACCCUCCUACCCACGGCCCGUGCUGUGCACCGUGGACACUACUGCGAAAGAGUUGGCCAGCAAACUGGAAGCGAGUAAAGCUGGGGCUGUUUUGAGAAUCAACUGCGUAACCACUACUGAUGUAAAUAGCUGUACAACUAGUGUUGAACAAACUGAUGACAUACAUAGUGUAGGAUUGGAUCCUAAAGACACAAAUACGUUAGAGAACGGAUCUCUACAAUAUAACAGUAGCACAAAACAUUAUUUUGAUUCUAAACUGUCAUCUAACCCGUUUUUAGACGAUAGAACUGCAAGCAACUCUUCAUCCGAGGUUUGCCUGAAUGACAUUGGUGUGGAUUUGAACUUGAGCGGGGCGGACUGUUUUCCUGUCUACUCCGGAUCCGAUAUAGAGAGCAGCACUUGUGAGGACUUCAGCCCAGGAGGACCCAAAAGCACAGCGCACCAAGACUCGCUGACUACGGACUCAUCAGCAUUGAGCCACAACUGUGACAGUGCCCCAGAGGGACCUGACCCUUUUGAGAGUUCCUCGGAUGAGGUCGAGCUCACGUCCUCUCCGGCCCGUUCCAUAUGCAAUUCCCCCGCGGAUCUGUCUGCGUCGAUGGACCUCGCAAAUACCCCGGAGCAAUUGAUAAGCACAUUAGAUGUCGACAGUGAGGCUGUAGUUGUGUACUGCAACGAUUCACCCAUCCAACCUGCCUCCAAAUUCUCCAGCAGCUCUCUGACGAGGCCCCUGAGCAGCCAAGCAUCAGUGGCGUGUGACACUAACAGAGAAUGGCCAGAACACAUCAGUACUAGCCCAACGCCAUCUCUCUUUGUCCAGCUGCAUGGUGGAGUUGUGCGACAUGUACAAGAUGAGGAGAAGCCUCUGCAAAUAUUAAAUGAGUACUUGACUAACUUGGGUUUCGAAGACCCAUGGAGGGUGCAAGAGGAAGGGAUGAACCCGGGUAUUGGAUGCCUGAUUCGUUUCUACUUUGGAAAACCACGAACUGUAGGUGGUUUGGAGCGCGUGCAGCUGUCCGGGGUGUUCAACGUUCGCAAAGGGAAGCUUGCACUGCCUGUCAACCGCUGGUCAAAACGUCAGGUCACUCUGAGUGGAACCUGCCUUAUUGUGUCAUCUGUGAAACAUGCCCACAUGGGCAAAAUCCAUAUCCUCCCUCUUAUUGGUGGCAAGGCCGAUGAGGUAAAGAGACACAGCUACUGUUUAGCCCUCAGCUCAGCCGGUCCCCCGAGCCAGACCUACUACAUCAGCUACGAUUCCUACACAGAAUACCUCUGCUGGCACAGAACGGCCUCAAAGAUUGUGGCCCAGAGGGUAAACUCAGUCGACCUGUCAUGCUGCAGUCUAGAGGAACUGCCAGCACAGCUGUUUUUCAGCCAGGACCUCACACAUCUCAAUCUCAAAAACAACUUCAUGUCCUUGCACAAAGGUGUUCCAGCACUUACCAGGUUUUGUAAACUAAGAAGCCUUAGUUUAUCAAAUAAUGCACUGUCAGAGUUCCCACUGGCUUUAUGUGACAUCAUCUCAUUGACUGAGCUCAACUUGUCAGGAAAUUGCCUUUCAUCUCUUCCUCAAGAAGUGGAAACUCUGCUCAAAUUGCAGACACUUCUUCUAGAUGCAAACCGUCUGAGUUCAUUGCCUGGGGAACUGGGCUCCUUAAAGAGCUUGUCCUGCCUUGGCUUGUCUUUCAACUGCUUCACCUGUGUCCCCCCUGUCCUGGAGAAGCUCAGCGACUUGGAGAAACUAUGUCUGGCAGGAAACCAACUCUCUGUCUUGGAUAUGACCGAACUGCAGUGGUUGCCUACCCGUCACAUAGAUAUCAGGCUGAAUCGGCUUCAAAAUGUGAUCCUGGGAGAUAUGGAGCAGCUAGUACACAUAGUACAGCUGGACCUAAGGGACACUGGUUUACAAGAGCUAGAUGUCAGGCCUCUCUAUAAACUGGAGCUUCUGCGCUGUGACAGAAACAUACUUUCCCUCCUCAGAGUCAGCGGUCACACCCUUAAGAGCCUACAUGCGGCACACAAUGAGCUGAAAGAAAUAGACGUACAGCCUGUGCCGGAGAAUAUGACCUAUCUGGAUUUGUCCUGGAACAAGUUAGGUCUUGUCCCUGACUGGGUGUGUGAUUGCUGUAGACUGGAAAUUUUGGACAUCAACCACAAUUGUGUUACUGAGCUACCCACACGGUUGCUAUCCAACGGGAGCCUGAGAAAGCUGUUUGCAGGCUGGAAUGCUCUUUGCCAGUUGGCUGAGUUGCUGGAGAGAUCGCAGCUAGAAACCUUAGACAUGCAGCACAAUUAUCUAACUGAACUUCCAAACAACCUCUUCACCAAAGCCCAGAACUUGCAGUACCUAAAUGUGUCAGCCAAUAAGCUGGAGUCCCUGCCUUCAGCUGGUCUAUUGCAAGAAAACUUCAGCAGCCUAAAGGAGCUCUAUGUGACCAACAACAGCUUGACAGACAAGUGUGUCCCUGUCCUCACUGGACAUGCCCAGCUCAGGGUUCUUCACCUUGCGUAUAACCAACUUCAGACCUUCACUGCCAGUAAACUGGCACAACUGGAGCGUCUGGAGGAGUUGGAUCUAAGCGGCAACAGACUGAGGACGGUGCCCACGACCAUCCUGAGUUGUCAGCGCCUGCAAACACUGUCCGCACACUCUAAUUGCAUUGAUGCCUUCCCAGAAGUCCUGCAGCUGCCUGAGAUAAAGUGUGUUGACCUGAGCUGCAACGAGCUAACUGAGGUUACUCUGCCAGAAUCCCUACCCCCCAAACUUCAGGAACUGGAUCUCACAGGAAAUCCCCGUCUCAACCUGGACCACAAGAGCCUGGAGCUUCUUAAUAAUAUCCGAUGUUUAAGGGUGGACCCUUCUGCUCCAAUUGCGACUGAAAUCCACAAGACUUCUGCGGUCUGGAGCCAUGGCUACACUGAGGCCUCAGGAGUCAAAAACAAGUUGUGUGUUGCAGCUCUUGCUCUGGACACAUUCUGUGGAGUCCGUGAAGCUCUGUAUGGUGUUUUUGAUGGCGACAGGAAUGUUGAGGUGCCUUACUUGCUCCAGUGCACCAUGGGGGAUGUGUUAGCAGAGGAGCUCCAAAGGGGCCCAAGCCAAGGAGAUUACAUGACUAACACUUUUCUCACCAUGCAAAGAAAACUGGGCACAGCAGGCCAAAGAAUGGGAGGAUCAGCAGCUUUAUGUCACAUUAGACAUGACCCAGUGCCUCCUGGUAAGCAUGGCUGCUGCUGCUUCACCCUAAAGGCUGCCAAUGUGGGCAGAUGCCAAGCUGUUUUGAGCAGAGAUGGAAAAGCUAUGCAACUUUCCACCAUCCACACUGUCAAAGAAGAGCUAGAGUACGAGAGAGUCAGGCAGCACAAUGCCAUUCUCACUGAGGACAAUAAAGUUGGCGGCGUAACCGACUCCACCAGAAUUAUGGGAUAUUCCUUCCUGUGCCCAUCAGUAACCCCCCGGCCACACGUCUCCACGGUAACGCUCACCCCACAGGACGAGUUCAUUCUGCUGGGCAGCCGAGGCCUGUGGGACAUGCUGUCUCCCAGCGAGGCGGUGGAAGCCGUCAGGAAUGUUCCAGACGCCCUGGCCGCCGCGAAGAAGCUUGUGACUUUGGCUCAGAGCUCCGGCUGCUCCGACAGCCUCAGCGCCGUCGUGGUGCAGCUCAGUGUCGCCCGAGACCGCUGCAGCUGCUGUGAGCCGCCGCCUCCGUCUCCAGGUCCGGGUUCGGGCGCGCACGUGCUCUCCGGCACGCACCCCUGCUCGCCCAGCGGCGACAUGGGCGGGGUGGCGCCGCUGCACGCUUCUUCGGGAACCGUCAGCGAGUCGAGCGAGUUCAGCGUGUCUGAAAUGAGCACGGCUUCGUCUGAAGAGCCACUUCUCCAAAUGGAGUCGUCUCAUCCCAACCUGGCAGGAAGGAGCGGCGUGCUUCGAGUCGCCCGCGGCACCGGGAGCUUCCAGAGGCAGUGCUCAGGAGCGCUGUCCGACAACGGGCUCGACAGCGAAGACGAGGAGCCCAUUCCUGGGGUCUUCUCCAACGGGAGUCGCGUGGAGGUUGAAGCUGAUGUCCACAGGGGUCUCUUGCAUACGUCCACAAGGGUUUCUCAAUCCAUCGCUCCCGGCCGUGAACUUUCACCUCCCCCCGAAUUCCCCAGCGCUCCGUCCUCCCCCUGCCUCGGCGGGGAGACUCGAUCGGGCACUCUGGGCCGCAGGGCUCGAGCGAACGGUUCCGUCGCCUGCCAAGGGAGGAACCAGGACGUCAUCGAGGAAGCGGCAGACGCGCCCGUCAGGAAGCAAGGAGGCUACUUCAACGCUCCCGCCCAAGCGGACCCUGACGAUCAGCUCAUCAUUCCACCCGAGCUGGAGGAGGAAGUGCGGCAGAUGAUCCAGCAACAGGAGCAGAUGGAGACUUCCAACCAGCAAGCACCCACCUACCAGAAACCUGUAGACUAUUUCAUCACACCGCUCUAAGAGUCCAGAUGUAGCUCACUUUCAUUCAUUUUCUACUUCGUCCAAAACCUCAGAAGACUUUUUUUUUUUUCUACAGUUAAAUGUACGCCCCAGAAAAGUCAAUGCAAUUUUUUACAAGUCAUGUUAAUUAAAUCAUCACAUUGAGUUAUUGGAUGUGUUCCAGUACAUUUGACUAUGUUUCACCGUCCAUGGUACGUUUUUGGUUGAUGCUCACAUCUUUUGGCCUCGGUUGCCAAGUCAGCCCCCCCAGGAUUUCACAGGCCUCUUUUUGAGAUUGUUGCGGCCUUAAAAUCCUUUAGUUGCGGUAGAAUUGCAGGAGAAAGUGAAAGGUGCAAGAAAAUGUUGUUUUUGUGUAAUUACGAGAGAAAGAUCUGUUGAAGUAAUUCAUGAACAAAGACUAAGAAAAGCAUAUUACACAUAAAUGUAGCAAAAUAGGCUUUAUUCAAAUAAUUGUUAUUCCUGCUAGGGUUUAAGUCUUCACCUGAGGAAAAAAAUGCAAAUGUUCACAGUUAUAAAUCAAUUAUGCAGAAAACUACACAAUGCACAUGCUUAUAAGGGACAACUUACUAUAAAAAUGACGCCCUAUACAAGCUGUACACUGACUUCUCUUCUCUUAUAAUCUCCUGAAAAUAUGUACUUUAAUGAAACAUGGUAGAGGAGUCAUUUUCAAUAUAUUCUGUUUCUAAACUACACUACCGUUCAAAAGUUUGGGGUCACCCAAACAAUUUUGUGGAAUAGCCUUCAUUUCUAAGAACGAGAAUAGACUGUCGAGUUUCAGAUGAAAGUUCUCUUUUUCUGGCCAUUUUGAGCGUUUAAUUGAGCCCACAAAUGUGAUGCUCCAGAAACUCAAUCUGCUCAAAGGAAGGUCAGUUUUGUAGCUUCUGUAACGAGCUAAACUGUUUUCAGAUGUGUGAACAUGAUUGCACAAGGGUUUUCUAAUCAUCAAUUAGCCUUCUGAGCCAAUGAGCAAACACAUUGUACCAUUAGAACACUGGAGUGAUAGUUGCUGGAAAUGGGCCUCUAUACACCUAUGUAGAUAUUGCACCAAAAACCAGACAUUUGCAGCUAGAAUAGUCAUUUACCACAUUAGCAAUGUAUAGAGUGUAUUUCUUUCAAGUUAAGACUAGUUUAUUGAAAAAUACAGUGCUUUUCCUUCAAAAAUAAGGACAUUUCAAUGUGACCCCAAACUUUUGAACGGUAGUGUAUAUCCACAAUCUUAGUAUAUUUACCAAUGUUAUUUUACAGUUAAUGUUUCAUCUGCAGGCUUUUUUUUUUUUUUACAAGUGUGACCAAUUGACACAAAUUUGUGCAGAGUUGGCGAAACGCCACCAAAGGCUUCCUUAUUGGCCGCUGUCUGCAUCAAAGUUGCACAUCAACACAUUGCUUGCAGAAGAUUGGGAAUUUUUUUUAGUACAAUCUACAGCGGAGAUUAUAAAAGGCUAGAUUAUCACACUUCAACAACUUAAACAAAGAAGUGCACCAUGCAGAAACCCAUCUGAUUGGUUAGACGAGUACUAGGGAAACAGUUAAUUGGCAGAACAAUUGCGGGGAUUGGACAAAGUUUCUAGGUUGCACAUCAUUUUUGGACUGGUUGAAUUAGAGCAAUCGCAACAUCUCGAAAUCCUGGAGGGUCUGGUUGGUAAACUUUUAACUCCAAAGAGUUUCAAAGUCUUAAAGUGACCUGGUCACUGAUUCAUGCUAUUGUUCUCUGAGAGAAAAAGAUGUAUUUCAGAAGGCUUGUUAUUCCAUUUGUGUUACAGAGUGGUGAGCAAAUGCUGAACAAGAGGAUCUGACUGUUCCGAUCUGACUCGGUGAAUGUUCUCAGAACUGUUACGUCAUUCUCAAAAACUGCACAAGGAAGCUCUUAAAACAUGUAAGUUUCCUGAUAACUCCAUCAUGUUGACUGAUGUCUUUAAUAAAGAUGGUCAUGAAA